AUAUAUCAACCAAGUAGACUGCCACCAGCAUCAGAUUUCUGAGUGCGGGUGUGUGUGUGUGUGUGUGAGAGAGAGAGAGAGAGAGAUAGAGGCUCUGCUGUGCGUCAGAGACACGGAGGGGGAAAAGGUUUAGGAAGCGUUGGAGCAUUGAAAGCAGAGAAAUUUGCAGCUGAACCUGAUUUUUUUUCCACUUUACAGCCACCAAACAAAGUGACUACUUUGACAUUGAAGAAGUUCAAGAAGGCAGCCAUGGACGGAGUAACUCCAGGACGCACGUCGCUCCUCUGCACCUUGCUGCUCUGGACAUUUCAAAUUUGCAGUGCAGAGCUGACUGUGAAGGUGACUCCAGAAGUAGAGGUGAUGAAAGGAGAAACAGCCAAACUGCCCUGCACCUACACUGGUGCACAGUCAAGCAGCACCAUUGUUGAAUGGUACAUUGAGGAACAGGGCGGCAGGCAACGUGUAGCUUUCAUCCCCCAGGGCGAGCAGGGAAAAAGCGAUGAGGACACUCCACUGACUGGCCGGGUCACUAUUGGAAAAGACUUCACGUUGACCAUCACAUCCGUUAAACCUUCUGACGAGCUCACCUUCUACUGCCAGGUCACAGCUGGCCCUGAAGGAUCUGGAGAGGACAGAACCAUGCUCAAAGUAUUCUUCACUCCGGAGAAUCCAGAACUCGUACAGCCGUCAAGUCAGGCCAUUACAGCAGGGCUGACCACCAGCUCAGAGAUUGGCAUUUGCACGGCAAGAAAUGGACACCCUCAGCCAAGAAUUAUUUGGUUCAAAAACAAUGAGCCUCUUCCUCAAGUCAAAGACAAAAAAGAGAAAACCUACAUGAGUUCCUCUGUGGUGAAGGAGGUCUCGGGUCUCUUUACCAUUAAGAGCAUUCUGUUCAUGCAGCCCACCAAGGCUGACAAGGACGCUGUGUUCCAUUGUACUGUGGAGUACAGCAUGCUGGGAGGCGAGAUCAAACAGAAGAUGUCCAACACCAUGAAAAUCAAUCUCAACUAUCCCUCUGAGAAAGCAACAUUUCAUGUACUCAACUCUAGUCCUGUCAAGGAGGGGGAUAAUGUCACCAUGAAAUGUGAGACUGAUGGAAACCCACAGCCGUCAGACUUUGAAUAUAAGAAAAAUGACAAACUAAUUAUUGGUCAGGAAGGUCUUCUGACACUGAAAUCUGUCAAGCGUACAGAUUCCGGUGAGUACUCAUGCCACGUCACAGACUACGAAAACCUGGAUGCUGAUCUGAGAGACACCCUCACCCUCACCGUCAACUACAUUGACCCCAUGAGCGUAACCCCAAAUAAGCCUCAAGUCGUCAUGCUUGGAGACAAGGUGGAGUGGCAGUGUAAGACCAAGGCAUCUAAACAACAUACUGUUCAGUGGAUAAAGGGCUCUGAGGUCCUUUCUCAAGAUGGUACUCUAUCAAUCGACCAAGCUACCUUUGAGAAAGCUGGAGAGUACGUGUGUGUUGGAGCUGUUUCAGCUGUGCCUGGACUGACAGCACAGGCCAAUGUAAACCUCACUGUAAAAGGAAAACCAAUGAUCGAGCCUCCAGCUCCUGGAGAGGUGAUGAACCAAGGAGACACGGUGACUCUGAAGUGCUCGGCUUAUGGUUUCCCCACCCCCCAGUUUGUCUGGACACCCUCAGGAAACCAGCGAGAGUCCGUGUCAAUGGAAGGUAACAAGAUCGUGAGCACUGUGACACUACAAGCUACUGGUGAUGUCAUGGAGAAUGGAGUGACCUGUGAGGCCUCCAAUGAGUUUGGAACAGACAGCAAAAAAUUCCCAGUAUCUCUCAAACGAGCAGGUGGCAGCUCAGCUGAAGUGCUGCUCUCUGGAAACCCUGUGCUAAAGUCAGCUGACAAGCAGCAGGGAGGCUCCACCGGCGUGGUGAUAGCUGUGGUGGUGUGCGUUCUGCUGCUCCUGCUGCUGGUGGCCCUCAUCUACUUCCUGAGUAAGAAAGCCAAGCUACCCUGCAGCAAGAAGGACCCAAAGGAAGUGGACAAAGGUGAGGGAAACAACAAGGUUGUGGUGGAGAUGAAAACAGAAAAACCCAACGAGCAGGACGGACUCCUUAAAAACCCAACCAAAGAACAGUGAUGAAAACGGAAGAUGGACAUAAAUCAGUGGGAUGAAGGGAAGAGGAUGACAGUUAUGAUAACAGCAACGAUCUUUUUUUCUUCACGAGACUGACGGGGACGAUGGAAGGUGGUGUUGGGCUUCUGGUGACCUUUGAGAUUCACUUUGCUUCGUCGCAUCUCUUUUGUAACCUGGAUUAGACAAACUGGACGGACGUUCUUUCCUUUUUGUUUAUGAAUUCAGAACUCCAUCCAUUUUGCGCUAACGCAGGUUCAAAACGAUGGAUGCAAAAUUAAAAAUGCAGCAUCACUGGACAAAACAAUCUUUUUAUUUUUAUUUUUCACCAAUCACAUCUUCGGUGAACUCUACAGAAUGCAGACUGAAAGGUGAAUUAAAAAAAAAAUUAAACACUGUCUGGAUUUGUAUGCAUUCUACUUCAAAUCAUAACAUUUUGUGUCUGAUUUUAAGUAUUACACCGAGGAGCAUCUCUGUUUUAGAGUCUAGUCAAAUUUUUCCGUCUGCUGGGGAUGUUUUGGAUAAAAAAUACGACAGGUUGUUUUCAUUUCACCUCAUUUUGGCUCACUUAAUGUAAUCACUCAAGCACAUUGUUCG